AUGCAACAUGUUUUCGAGCGCCUGCCAGAUGCAGAGGUGACACUCAGCUAUCUGCAGAUUUACCAGGAGCGGUGCUACGACCUUCUGCAACCUGCAACCCUAGCAAAGCCACUUCGCAUCCGGGAGGAGACAUCAAAGUCCAAGUCUGGGCAGGCAGCUGUUUACGUAGAAGGCUUGACAGAGGUCGCAGUGGUGAACUUGGAAGACUGCUUGUACCAGCUGAUUUCUGGCUUUUCGAACGUGGCCUUCCGGUCUACAAAUUACAACGAGCAGUCUUCCAGAGCCCACUGCGUGCUCACAAUGACUAUCCGCCAGCGCCUCACUGUGAACAAUAAGGCUGUAAUUCGGGAAUGCAAGGUCCGACUGGUGGACCUAGCCGGGAAUGAGCGUUGGGUGACUGCGGGUCCAACUCCUUCACCUCAACACGCGCGUGAGCUGGCUACCAUUAACAAGUCGCUACACACGUUGGGAAAUUGCAUGCAGGUUCUGUCCCAGCCAAAUCCACUGAAGCGGGACACACGUCAUGUGCCAUACAGAAACUCGACGCUGACAUUGCUUCUUCGCGACGGUUUGGCAGGAAAUAGCUACACGUUAAUGGUUUGCACGAUCUGCUGCUCUCUGCUCUACCAAAUGCAGACACUCUGCACCCUUCGCUUCGCUGAUAGGGUGAAGCGUGUGCAGAUGAAGGCCACCAUUUGCGAAACAUUGGAUGCAAAGGAGGCAAAGUCUCAGAUGCAGGCUGAAAUGGAAUAUCUCCGAGCUGUUGUCACAACGGGUGCCGAUGGUCGGGCUUUGGAUGAGCUCAAGUUGCGGAUUUCGCAGCUCCAGGACGCGUGCAGUGGCCUGGAAGGCGAAAACCGUUCCCUGCGGGAGCAGAUUGCUGAACUGGAGAAGCAGAACCUGGGGAAGUCGAGCUUCACUUCAGCUGGAACUGGAAAGGCAACGCGGGUCCUUCGGCGAGUUUGCAGCGAACCCAACCUGCCCGGGCCAGAUCCCUGGUUUCAGCUAGAGGACGCAAUCGAGGACAUCCAAGCAGUUUGCCACAGGAGCCACUCCAACAUGGGGAGGCAGCGACCUGCUGGAACCUGUCCGAAGGGGCAUGAACUAGUGGAUUUGGGAAGCAGCCUAGAGCCAACGCCUGCAGCUGCACAGGUCGAAUACAUUGAGUGGCACUGCGAUUCCGCAGGCUGCUACGGAAGCUCUAGGGCUCCGGAGCUUGGCCGGUUUCACUGCAGCUUGUGCCAGCAUGAUUUAUGCCAAACUUGCUACAACCAGCUUGUAGGCCACAAGCCGCAGAGGGCGCGGCGGACCUCAUUUACAGUACAUGUAAGCGCAGAUGCAGCCACCAGGCGCACGAGCCUUCAGAACCUCACUUGGGCAGAUGAGACGCCUGCAGUGCCUGCAAGGAAAGCCGAGACCUCGGCGAGGCGAGAUCAGGCAAGGGAAUCCCCAAUGUGGGCACCCAGCAACAAGCAGCAAUCACUGGAUCGCAUGGAGGAAUCCUCCAGAACAGCAACCCGCAAGUUGCCUCGGGGUCGAAGUCCCCGAAAGCCUCCUGCAGGGCCUGCUCAGACACCCCGUGGACCGGUUGAGACCUCCAACACAUCCUUUGGUUCAGCGUCCACGGCUUCUACGACGCCGGAACCCCUAAGGAAGAGAAUGCAGGCAGAACUGCAAAGGAGGAGUUAUGCACCUGUGCGGGGCAAGCGAGCUGGCUCAUCUCUUCCUCCGCUGUCUGCAGCAUUGCAGACGCUCAAAGUUCAAGAGGCUUCACCGCCUGCCACAGACGCACAAGCUUAUGAUUUCGGUGAACAGCAAAAAGUGGGUUUGCUUCCCAGCAUAGGGCAGGAAACGCCACGGGUUGAGGCACAGCUGAACAGCAAGUUGCAAGGGAGUCCUCGUUUGCUGGGCCGAGGCCAUUCACAACCACCCAAUAAGCCGCCUCCGCGUGGAGUUGGAGGGGUCGAGGCUCCAAAAUCUGCACGUCGACCCAUGCCUGCAGCCAUGGCAGCAGCUGCAGUGAGCCUCAUGCCAGAAGUCACAGACAUGAGGGCCUUGUUAGGAGACCUGGAUGCGAAGCAUGCAGGGUCUGGCACCUGA